AUAUGAUUGACCCAUAUUAGGGCAACACGUGCAUAUUUUGUUUUGAUCAAGUUAAAGAACUAGUAAUCUUUAAAUAAAAUGGCUGCAGACACAGAUCUGAAGCGUCAGAGACCCCGUAAUGUGAAGUUUGCGGCUGGACCUCCCCCUGUGGACCCCAUGAAGAGUUACAUCAACACCGGAGAUGAGGAUCAGAUGGAAGUGGAGUGCUUCACUGUGUCCCGGUUGAGACAAUAUCUCGUGUAUUGCGCAAUAUUUGGGACUGUAGGGCUGCUCCGGCUGCUGUUUCAUUGGCUGCCUCACUGGUACAUCCGGGCAACACACAGGAAGUGCAGCAUUGCAGAGGCAACUCAUCUCCUGUUGAAGGAUCAAUAUGAACAGUGGUUUGUUGCUAAGGUACAGACUAUCACCAAGGAUGGAACCAGAGUGACAGUGUUGAAGCCAUCAGCAUCGUUCACACUGUCAGGAGCGUCAAAACGUAAACGAGCCCAGUUGCUUCUCAAUACAGGACAGAAAGAUGAGAACUUGAUUCGCUACUUUGAGAUCAAACGUGUGAAAUAUAUCUGGAAUUCUGAUGAGGAUCGGUACCAGAAACUUAGAGGUCUGGAGGCCAACAGUACAUGUUCAUACUUACACGAGGCGCGAGGUCUGACCUUCGAACACCAAAGGAAAAGGCGAGUCCUGUAUAGCAGUAACGCUAUUGAUGUCCAUGUAUCCCCCGUCAUAUCUCUUCUGUUUAAAGAGGCCCUGACCCCGUUCUACGUGUUUCAAGUAUUCAGUGUGUGUGUAUGGUACUUUGAUGAGUAUUACUACUACGCCACCUGUAUCAUCUUCAUUUCCAUCAUCUCACUUACUACGAGCAUCUACCAGACGAGAAAGAUUGAGCGAGCAUUGAGAAACACUAUCCAGACAUCAACAGUGGUGACAGUAUGCAGGGGAGACGAUGUGUACCAGGAUAUUCCAUCAGAAGACUUAGUGCCAGGUGACGUAAUAGAAAUCCCACAUCAUGGCACGGUGAUGCAGUGUGAUGCUGCGCUUAUCAGCGGAAACUGUAUCGUUAACGAGAGCAUGCUCACAGGUGAAAGUGUUCCAGUGACAAAAACUCCACUACCAGACUCAAAGCGGGAACAUGAUGUGAAGUACUGUCUGAAGGAACAUGCCCGACACACGCUGUUCUGUGGAACACAGGUCAUACAGACCCGUUACUAUGGCAACCAAAAAGUCAGGGCUGUUAUCCUAAGGACAGGUUUCCUGACCUCCAAGGGUGAACUGGUGCGGUCGAUUCUCUACCCAAAGCCGGUGGACUUCAAAUUCAACAAGGACACAUACCUGUUUGUGGCUGUGCUAUUCCUUAUAGCUGCUAUUGGGCUGAUUUAUACAGUGGUGCUAAAGAUUAAGCUAGGUCAUCCAGUAGAGCAGAUAAUCAAGCGAUCAUUGGAUGUUAUAACGAUCGCCGUACCACCCGCCCUACCUGCAGCCUUGACUGUUGGAAUUGUGUUUGCUCAGUCAAGGAUGAAGAAACAGAAAAUAUUCUGUAUCUCUCCACGCAGUAUCAACAUCUGUGGCAGUAUCAACGCUGUUUGCUUUGACAAGACUGGGACGCUGACUGGAGAUGGUCUAAACAUGCAGGGAGUGGUGCCCUCUGCUGGUGGCAGGUUCAAUGAGGAGGUAACAGACAUGAGCCAGCUGGAAAAGUCGCGCAUUGUUGAUGCCAUGGCAACCUGUCACUCUUUGACCUUGAUUGAAGGUCAUCUCAAUGGUGAUCCUCUAGACCUUAUCAUGUUCCACUCCAUUAACUGGGUGUUGGAGGAAGCAGGAGAGGAGAACAGCAGGUUUGACAUGCUCGUACCGACCAUUGUAUAUCCCAGGUCUGCCAUGGACAAUCUGUCGUCUUCGGAUGAUUCAGUUGAUCCACCAUCACACGAGAUUGGCAUUGUUCGCCAGUUGACCUUUACGUCCAAUCUUCAGCGUAUGUCUGUCAUUGUUCGACGUUCGCAGGGCACACAGUUUGAGGUGUACAGUAAGGGAUCACCGGAGGUCAUCUCCUCCCUAUGUAAAUCUGAAACAGUUCCGGAGGAUUUCCACAAAAUGCUCAGGUCCUAUACACAGCAUGGUUAUCGUGUACUAGCACUCGCCUGGAAACAUCUGCCCAACAAAUACAACUAUGUCAAGGUCCAGCGAGUGCAGAGGGACAAAGUUGAGUGUGACUUGACAUUUCUUGGUCUCCUAGUGAUGGAAAACAAGUUGAAACCAGAGACAACGCCAGUCAUACAGCAACUGCAGGAUGCCAAUAUCAAAACUGUCAUGGUCACAGGAGACAACAUGCUGACAGCACUGAGUGUUGCCCAUGACUGUAAGAUGGUGCUAUCAUCAGAGAAAGUGGUGCUAGUGGAGGCAGAGCUAGUUGAUACUGCCGAGGGCCUGGAACCACAGUGCAGGUUUCUUGGGGAGAAGGUGCCGGGAUUGGAACAGCCGCUAGAGAAGGGAAGAACCAUAUCUGAUAUCCAGAUAUGUGUGGACGAGGACAGUUCCACCGUCCGGUUUGCCACGACGGGUCGAUCCUGGCAGGUGCUUCGACAGUUCUUCCCUGAUAUACUCUCCAAGGUGCUAGUACGAGGUGUGGUGUUUGCACGGAUGUCUCCCGAACAGAAGGCCCAGCUGGUUGAAGGACUGCAGGAGCUCGGCUAUUAUGUAGCCAUGUGUGGUGAUGGUGCUAAUGACUGUGGUGCUCUCAAAAUGGCUCAUACCGGUAUUUCACUCUCAGAGGCUGAGGCUUCAGUGGCCUCCCCCUUCACAUCAAAAGAUCCCAACAUCACAUGUGUGCCCACUGUAAUAAGAGAAGGCCGUGCUGCACUAGUGACAAGUUUUGGCAUCUUCAAGUAUAUGGCCUGUUACAGCCUAACACAGUUUGUGUCCGUCCUUAUUCUUUACCAUGUUGACUCAAACCUCACAGAUUUUGAGUUCCUGUACAUCGACCUUGCACUGCUGACCACACUCAGUGUAACUUACGGGCGGACGGAAGCGUACCCAUCACUUGUUAAAGAGCCGCCACAACUCAGUCUGACCAGCUUCUCGCCGAUAUGUUCCAUCAUCCUCCAGAUGGCUGUACAGAUUUCUGCACAAGUGUUCAGCUUCCUCUACAUUCAAAAACAACCUUGGUUUGAGCCCCAUGUGUCUGAGGAAGAGUACGACUUCAUGUGUUACGAGAAUGCAGCCGUGUUCAGUGUCUCAAUGUUCCAGUACAUCAUUCUUGCCGUCGCUUUCUCCAAGGGCGCCCCCUACAGGAAGGCUAUCUACACUAACUACCUGUUCAUGUUGAACCUGCUGGUGUGUUUUGCCUUCAGCUCCUGGCUGGCUGUCUACCCUCUGGAUUGGAUGCAAGACUUCUUUGAGCUACAAAGUCCACCCAGUGUAACGUUCAGACUGAUAUUCUUUGGAUUGGCCACAGUCAACUGUCUUCUUUCUGUUAUAUUUGAGGCAUUCCUGUUGGACCAUGAAAUAUUCAGGAGAAAGUUCCGGCAGUUAAGAGAGAAAUGUUUUCCGAGUCUCAAGUAUGAAUACAGCCACAUUGAAGAUGAGAUCAUCUCAACACCUAACUGGCCGCCGGUUGGCAAGGAUCCCAUCAUUGCCAAUUAUAGAAAUGAUACCAACAUGGCUGAGACCAGUGCAGAAGAGACUGAAGCGAUGUUGCCAAAGAUCGGGAGCAAAAAUAUGUGUAACAGCUCAACUAUCUUGUCAUCUGCUUCGGGAUAUACCCCAAGGACAUCAUUGUCAGAUCAGCCAUAUGUCUCCAUGAGCUCUGUUGCAACAGUUUCUUCUGACUUUCCUGUUAGUCCAAAUAAUGCAGAUGGGGAUGAUGCUACUGAUAAUACAUUUUCAUCCUCCAAUUCUUUCAUUGAUGAACAAAUUAAGGAACAAACAGCUUCAGUAGACUGUGACACUAUCGUCAGCCUUAAAGGUAUUCCUGAAGAGAUCAAAAAUGAAAACCAGUCUGUUUGAUAUAGGCGUUUUAUCUAGCUUAUUUUUCAAUUAAGAAUUAUGUUUAUAUUUCAAUGCAAGUAUUUUUAGCUUUAAUAAUUUAUUGAAUCACUAUGUAUUUUCCAUUUAGCAUCAUCCAUCUUCACCAUGUGAUAAAAAUAAUGUCACCUUGUAUAUUAGAGGUCUAAAUUCUGUAAUUGAUCAAAUUUAUCAGUCUUUGGCUUUGCUUCUCCGAUAUGUUUUGAAGCUAUUUUUUAUCUUUGACUGAUUGCUCAAGUUUCCUAGUUUACCAUAUACUAGGGGAGCGGUGCUUAAGCUGUUAUCUAUCGAGGGCUCGGCAACAAAACCCCAAUCAACAGUAAAUUAGCUUAGAAUGCCACCAAGGUCCAUGUGGCUGGAAUUUAGCUGUGUCAUGGAAAGCGCUAUUUUGAUUUAGGUUGUUGUAUUGAAAAUUCUGUAUUCAUAUGAAAUGUAAAAAUCAUGUGUAAUUUCAGAGGGCAGGGCUUAAUAUUUCCAGCUCGUUCUAUUGGUCAACUUAUUCUAUUUCAGGAAUCUGAUGAAUUUAUUUAUUUUUAUCUAUAUUGAUACAGAUUGUUGCUUAGUUACGCAGAGGGCUAUUAAGUGGUAUUCUCAAAUAGCACUAUGCCCAUGUAAGUUGCUUCAAAAUGCUUUUGAACAAGAAUCAUAACAGCUCAGCAAACAAGAGAUUUAUUUAUAACCAACUGUGAAAACCCCAUGUACUUGAAUUUGAAUAGAUCUUUUGUUUGCAUUGUCUAUCUGAAAUUUUGAGCUUGUCAACAAUUAAUUUUGCAUAUUAGCAAAAAUAUCUCCAAUAUUUACUUAUUAUAUUAUAUUGUAUUUUAUAUGCCUUUUUAAAAGAAAAAUUUAUAUUUAAGAUUUUAGUGUUAUAUUUUUACUGUUGUAUUAUUAAAAUGCCUUAUUCCAAUCACAUUUACUUGAGUUUAUUAUUUAUUUAUUAACAUUGAUCAAUUAAUGUAUUAAUUUUCAGGUUGAUUAAGGAUAUUUUUAAAAAUGUUAUUAUUUGUUUUUGUUGUAUAUGUUACAUCUUAUACAUGGAGUCGUAUGAAAAAAAAUAUGAUAUGUGAAAAUAAAUUCUGGCCUGGACUCACAUUAUUGAAAUAGGUUGUUAUUAUUAGACACCGAACAGAGAGAAAUCUGUUUGCGUAGGAUGUAAUUAGACUUUGUUUGUUUGUAUUAAUAUGUAUUGGCCUGUGUGUAUUUCUUUGUGAUUGAAUUUUAUUUAUUUUUUAUUUAUCAAGGCAAAUACUUGAAGGUAUUGGAUGUACAGUGGUGUGAUUUUCGCAUACCUGUUGUUCCAAUGUUGUUUUGGUAUUGUUUCAAAGGAUUUUAUGUUUAGUGGGUGUAUAUAUUAAUAAAAUACAGUCAAAACUUGUUGGCUUGAUAUUGCUUGGCUCGAUUUUCUCAUUGGCUCGAACUUGAUGUAAAGAUCAGAUUUAUAUUUACUCUGUGUUAGCAUUCCCACAUGGCUUGAUAUUCACGAGGCUCCAAUUAUUUUGGCCAAUUCCUGUGAUAUAGAGCCAACCGGAUUUGACUGUAAUACUAAAACCAAUAUAACAAACAAGCUUUUUGAAAAUUGCAAAAAGGCCAUAUUCCCAUCCAAUUUCAGUUGGAAUAAUAGAACUUUGAUAACUUCAUAUAUAAUGUAUGUUCAGUGACAUUUAUGGUACAUUUUAAAAAUCAAUGGAUACCCUUUAAAAUGAUAUCCAAAUUAUAUGGGGUCACCAGUGACUCAAAGAUAGGACUAGCUUUUUUGUACAUGUGAUAUCUUAAGUGGUAAAUUUAUAUUAUAAGCCAUUCACUUGUUUUGUUAAGUGUAGCUACAUUUCACUAUUUAUUUUGUUAUUCCUUAUUAUAUAUUUCAGCAUUUUAUUAAUAUCUGCUUUCAGGUUAUUUAUAGAGAUUUAUCAGUGAAAUGAUAUUUUCACUGUUUUGAAAUUUUUGCCCGCUCUUAAUUCCAAAUCGAGCGCACAGGGCUGGGGCACAAUUUUAACGACCUCACUUUGGAAAUGGUUUUAUGUGCGCGUACAAAAUAGCCCGUUUUUCUAAAAUUAUGACUUUUAACUCCAAUUUUAGACAUACAAUGAAUUGAAAAAUUAUUCUUUUUAAGAUAGCAAUAUAUUUCACUGGGUGAAAACCAUAAGUGAAUAUAUCUUUUGGUUCUCACUCGGUGAAAUAUAUCACAAUCUUACAUUGAAACAAACUGUUAUCCUCAAUAUAUUAUAGCAUUCACUUGUAACAAAGAGUUCACAGCUAAAGCUGCUAAUUAUCUCACAUAUAUUUAUAUAUAUUCCUAUAUAUAUAUAUAUAUAUAUAUAUAUAUAUAUAUAUAUCCAGCAUUCAUUUGUAUCGGUAACAUGUAUUUCACAGCUAAAGCUGCCAAGCUUCUUACAUGAAUUGAUUUCAGCAUAAUUUAUGUUUAUUCUCUUGUAGAACUGUCCAUACCUUUAUGUAUAUUAUGUAUAAUGUAACAUGUGCGGGGUACAAUUGCAUGUAAUUUGUAAUUUUCAUUAGAACUAUUCCAUUGUCUUUCAACUGCAUUUUAAAACAAGAACGCAUAAUAAUUGUAUAAAAUGCACAAGAAAAGUACUUAUAAUAUAUACAGUUUUGCUUCAUUCUUAUAUAUAUAUAUAUUUAUAUAUAUGUAUGUAGCUUUUAUGUAUUAUGAUUCUUUUUUUCAAAACAGCGAUUGUGUAGGGGGUUUAUAACAUCUUCAGUGACAGCUGUAGGUAUAAUGCUGCAGAUUGCUUGCCUGCUCAACUGAUUUCAUAAUAUGUGAGGUGCAACGACCCUACCUCAAAGUUCAAGGUCACUCUUAGAGUUUUAUGAUUAUGAAACGCACACAGAGUAUAGUUGGUCCCAUUGAGGCUUAUAACAAUGUCAUGUACGAAGGGAUUUAAAAAUAAAUUGUAACAUGUUUUUAGUACAUAAAGGCAAUGUGUAACGUGACCAUUAUACCUCAAACUUCAAGGUCAAAAUUCAAAGUUAAAUCCUUAACGGAAUGCUGCACAUAUGCACAUAGAGUGUAGUUGGUAGUGUCUCGGUGGUAACUUUGUUACACAAGGAGGGAUCUUAAAACUUCUUGGCAUGUGUGUUUGUUACAUAAUGACUACCUCUUACUUCAGCACUACCCUACACUUGAAGUCAACUAUCAUGGGGUCUUCCAUAUGCGUAUAGUUUAUGUGUUCUUGCUGACUAUAGACAUAUUAGUAAUUACAUUAUCCAUUGAACUGGAUGGCAUUUAGCGCCUUGGUCCAUAUACACUUUCGGUGGCUGACUAGCCGGUCCUUAUAAAGUCAUAUGACCCUCAGUGGUGUGUAAUAUUUCUUAAAUAGACUGCAUCAUUAACUGUACCAUCAAAUACGCUUUAUGUGUUUUAGCAAGGAAACUAAAACAAUUUUUUUGCAUGAAUAGAUACUAGAAAUUGUCACAUGUGAUUUUUUAGGUAAUAUUAUGUUAGUUGCUUGAUCUGCAGGGUUGUAUGACUUCAAGGUCAUGAAUACAGUCCAUAUGGCAGAAGACCUAAGUCGGAGUGCGAUAUAACAGAACACAAGCAACGAUAAGUAAUACAAUCCCACAGACUUACAAAGUAUAUUUUUUAUUUCAUGCCUUGAAAAUAUUUUUGAAAUAGAGAAGAUAAAAGCUUUCUGUACAAAAGCAUAUAAAUUCAAUGUUUUAUAUAUAUAAAUUCGAAAAUAUCCUAUAUUUUCUUCUAAUAUUGCUGUAGUAGUUUUAAUAUUCAUACACACAAGGCUACUAUGUGAUUCGGAAUCCAGAACAGUGUGUAAUAUAGUUUUUCUUUUAUUUCAUGCCUGUUAAAGUAUUUUCGAAAUGGAAAUGGUAAUAGUUUUCUGUACAAGAGCAUUUAACUUCAACGAAAAGCUUGCUAUUUCUUUCAUGUAGUGUUGUUUAAGUAGAUUUGCACAGGCCACUAUGUGAUAUGGAAUCUGAAAACACAGUGUGUAAAGUAUUCAUAUUUAAUGUUCAAAACUUCAAAUCAUGCAAUUUUAGACCGAAAUAUAACAGGUAUGAAAUAAAUAUAAUGCUUCAUAAUGAAUUCAUCUUUUAUGAUACAAUAAAUUGCCAAGGUUGUUUGAGGUAUAAUGAUAUGUAUGUAAAUGCUUUUUCUAAGUGGUUGAAAUUACAUGUGUUGUUUAAAAAAAAUGUUGUUUUUAUUGUUACUUUUUGCUUUUCACGUUUGAAGUGAGUGUAUUAAGCAUAAGUUUAAUUCUAUUUCAUACCUUUAAAUAAAAAAUAUGUUAAAAAAAGACUAGUUUUCUAUACAAAGCAUUUAAAAUUGAUAGAAACUUCCUAUUUCUAUUGCAUAUUCAGGUGUGUUUUUUAGCCCAUUCCCCUUUUGAAAAAGUAUAUAUAUUUCCCCUAUGAAGGUUAAAAAAAUCCCCUUUAAAAAGAAUAAUAAUAAUGCUUCAUAAUGAAUUCAUCUUUUAUGAUACAAUAAAUUGCCAAGGUUGUAUGAGGUAUAAUGAUAUGUAUGUAAAUGCUUUUUCGAAAUGGUUGGAAUACCUGUGUUGUUUAAACAAAUUGAUGUUUUAAUGUUUCAGUUUUGCUAUUUAUGUUUGAAAUGGUUGUAUUAUGUUUAACUCUAAUUGUAGAGUGGGCUUUGUAUAUGCAUUUAUAUAAAUUUUUUGUUCUCCAUAUUCAUCCACCGAGGAAGUGGGCAUAUUAAAAU